AUGCGACAACCGAUAUUCCCUUCAUCUUUUGCUCUCUGCCUUAUGGGAUCUUUAACUCCAAGGUUUCUGCCAGCAACGCUCCUCGUCAUGCUCAUCCUGCUGGUUUCCUCUCCAAAUAACACUGAAGCAUCGAAUAUUGGCAUGCCAGCUACGGCACCUGUCACUGGUGGCACCACCAUCUUGACGUCCAGGCCCCCUGAAUUUGCUCCGCCUACAUCGGUGCCGGAUAUUCCAAUGGCAACUGCAUCACCUUUUACCAGUAGCAGCAAGGUUUUCCUGUCCAGACCCCCUAAGCUCACUCCACCUCCGCCCAUAGCCAAUACUCCCAGGCCAACUGCAGAUAUCGAUGGGUGGAGUCCAGCCCCGAUGUACUCUAAUGAUCAUGGUGCCAAAUAUGUUGAACCUUGA